GCUGCACCGCCGGGUUGCGAGCGGCUGUGAUCGAGAGCCCAAGAGCAAGAGAGCUCGAGAGCGAGCAGCGGGCGCUUGCCCGGCGCCUCCCCUCGGCACAGCCGCGCGCCCCGCUCGUUUCUCCACCCCUCCGGCUCGGCCCGGCCCCGGCGCAGCCACAGCCCCGAGCUCUGGGGCGACGCAGGCAGCCUCGGGACUCUCCAGCGCGCCGCCGCGUCCCCAGACAAAGGCUUGGCCAGCGGCCCCGGCCCGCUGCGUCCUCGGCUCCCCGCCUCCCGGGCUCGCCGCUCUUCGCCCCCGCUCUCGGCUCGGCGCGCCCCGGCCGGCAGCAAAGUUUCCCGGCGGCGGCUGCGCCUCGCGUCAGCGAUGGCCGCGGAGCUGAGCAUGGGGCCCGAGCUGCCCACCAGCCCGCUGGCCAUGGAGUAUGUCAACGACUUCGACCUGCUCAAGUUCGACGUGAAGAAGGAGCCGCUGGGGCGCGCGGAGCGCCCGGGCCGGCCCUGCACACGCCUGCAGCCAGCUGGCUCGGUGUCGUCCACACCGCUCAGCACGCCGUGUAGCUCGGUACCCUCGUCGCCCAGCUUCAGCCCGACCGAACAGAAGACCCACCUGGAGGACCUGUACUGGAUGGCGAGCAACUACCAGCAGAUGAACCCAGAGGCGCUCAACCUGACGCCUGAGGACGCGGUGGAGGCGCUCAUCGGCUCGCACCCAGUGCCACAGCCGUUGCAGGGCUUCGACGGCUUCCGAGGCGCGCACCACCACCAUCACCACCACCACCCACACCCGCACCACGCGUACCCGGGAGCCGGCGUGGCUCAUGAAGAGCUGGGUCCGCACGCACACCCGCACCAUCACCACCAUCACCAAGCUUCGCCGCCGCCGUCCAGCGCGGCCAGCCCCGCGCAGCAGCUGCCUACCAGCCACCCUGGGCCUGGGCCGCACGCAGCGGCUGCAGCGACGGCGGCUGGCGGUAGCGGCAGCGUGGAGGACCGCUUCUCCGACGACCAGCUCGUGUCCAUGUCCGUGCGCGAGUUGAACCGCCACCUGCGGGGCUUCACCAAGGAUGAGGUGAUCCGCCUGAAGCAGAAGCGGCGAACCCUGAAGAACCGGGGCUACGCCCAGUCGUGCAGGUAUAAACGUGUCCAGCAGAAACACCACCUGGAGAAUGAGAAGACACAGCUCAUUCAGCAGGUGGAGCAGCUUAAGCAGGAGGUGUCCCGGCUGGCCCGCGAAAGAGACGCCUACAAGGUCAAGUGCGAGAAACUCGCCAACUCCGGCUUCAGGGAGGCGGGCUCCACCAGCGACAGCCCCUCCUCUCCUGAGUUCUUUCUGUGAGUCGUGGCGGGUCCGGCCCCCGCCCUUGCCCCGGCCCGGACUCCCCGUCCCAUGUUCCCAGCCCCGGACUCCCCUGGACCCUGUCCCUGCCACAGCCCCAGCCUUGACCUGUUUGACUUGAGGGAGAGGGAGGAAGGGCGCGCGGGACGCGGGCGACGGGAGGGCGCACGGGCAGGCAGGGGACCUUGGCUAAAGCAAGAGCGGCGUGCGCCAGCGCCGCCUCCUAGACUCGAGCAGACCCAGAGAGAGACGAGGGGGUGGGCAGUCCCGGAGCAACUUUUCUCCAGGCUGGAGGGCGACGAGGCAUAGUCCCGAGGACUCGCCAAAGCCGUCUAGAGACUCCUGGCUUUCUGAACUUUGUGCGUUAAGCCGGGGCCGCUGCCUGGAGCGCAGUCCAGCCCAGGAAGAGAGCAGCGAGGAGAGGAGAGGGACCCUGGCGUCCUGGCAGGCGUGAGGCGAGGCUGAGCGAAGGAAGGAAGGAAGGACAGACGGACCUGUCUGUCCAGGGUCCGGAGAACACUGGCUCUCAGCCCAGAGACGCGGGCCUCAGUUAGGACGUUCUGCGCGCAAAUCUCAUCAGUUUUAUUGCCUGCUCGAUUAUAUAGAAAAAAAAUACGAAAAUCUGCAUUAAAAAUAUUAAUCCUGCAUGCUGGACAUGUAUGGUAAUAAUUUCUAUUUUGUACCAUUUUCUUGUUUAACUUUAGCAUGUUGUUGAUCAUGGAUCAUAACCCCUGUUUCUUUGAGUGGGAAGGGAACGCAGUUAGUAAACUCCGGGGACUGCUUGCCGGUUUCAGCCCCGGCUGCCGGCUUGUAAAUACCCGCCCGCCAAACCGUCUAGAGAACGUGGAAGCGAGCAAGAGUGUCUUUGUUUGGGUUUAUUAUUAUGGCAUUUUUCUUUUUUGUAAGUAAAAACAAACAAACAAAUAAACAAACAGUUCUGAGCAUUUUGCUUCAGAAAACAAUUUGUCUUGGGGCACCUUUGGAAGUUGCCUGUUUUCUCCCCUCCCGCUGUAGUUUUCAACCUUGUGGGUUUUGAGAGAAAGAGGACUGAGGACCCAGCUCCCAAGUACCUAGGCAGGGCAGCUGUGGAGUUCCAGACCUCCAAGGGCCAGAAUGUCCUUGCUCCCACCUUGUCUGGUGGCUAAAUUGACACCUGUAACAAGAAAGGAAAGGAAAACAGAUCUAGUUUGCUUUUUAUUGCAGACAGAAUCACCCCCAGGAUCCUUUGGCAACCUUUCCAGCCCACACGAAUUGCCGGGGUCGCAGUGCCCCUUAGGGCGAGCAGCUUCGCCAGUUCGGAUACUGCCCAAUGGUGACCCGAACUUGGGUUGAACGAACCGCCACACUCAGAAAGUACUGGAAACCCAAACAUUGGCAAGUAAUUUUGCAACUUUCAAGUGCGUUCUUUAGACCAACACGUUAUGUGUGUUUCUUUCCCUGAUUUUGAGAUAUCAGGCCAGUUAUUGGUGGUGUUCCCCUCUCCCCCUUCAGUUGUUGUAUAGUAGUUAUAGGGAAGAGCUGGGUGUUUUUCUUUAUCAUUACAUUUUUUUUUCCUGCAGGUCAGUAAAAGGAUUUAAGUUGCACUGACAAAAAUACCAAAAUGAAAGCGUAUUUUUUAGUUCCCGUUUGAAAUUGCUGGCGCUGCUGGCCGGAUGCAUUUUUUGAGUUUGUAUUAGUUGAUAAAUUAACAGUAAUAACAAGAUUGUAUGAACCGCAUGGUGCUUGCAGUUUUAAAUAUUGUGGAUAUUCGUCCUGCAUCAGAAACGAGCUUUGGUUUUUACGGAUUCAACUGUGUUGAAAUCAAAUUUGCUGCAACAGAAAUUGUUUUUAUUUCAUGUAAAAUAAGGGAUCAAUUUCAAACCCUGCUUAUGAUAUGAAAAUAUUAAAACCUAGUCUAUUGUAGUUUUAUUCAGACUGGUUUCUGUUUUUUGGUUAUUAAAAUGGUUUCCUAUUUUGCUUAUUAAAA